AUGCCAGCAUCAAUUCAAGAACACCUCGAUAGCGAAGGCAUCGGUCUAGCAACCGUCAAGGUAUCCUGCAAGGCGGUAUUAAAGAUCGCCAGUGAUUGUAGUAUAAAUGGUCCGUUUUCUCCCUCCUGAUCUCAUUCGCAAAAGACUCCUUUCCUUUCACAAAAAUUCCUCUGAUUAUUCUCUAACCCUCCCGUAUUCUCGAUCAAAGAAUGAAAAAAAAAACCCCAACGCACUUUUUAUUGACAAGGAGAAAUAGGAAGAGCACUCGGAGUCGUACCCCGGAAAUAUGUCGCAGAUGGAUAUUUCGAUCUUGACCUUGACGAUUACUAUGAAGUAGAUAUGUUCAAGGAGAUGCAGGAGGUGGUUAUCGAGACCAUGGAGAAGCUGGGACAUGGGUAUUUGACCUCUGUCAAGCAAGACAAAAGACAAAACUAA